AUGACGUCCGCGAGAUUAUCGCCGACGGCGAAUCUCCUGCGGAAGUCGCGGGUGUUCGCAUUACCACAGGCAUUGAAGCCUCCCCAAGAACCCCCCACUUCGAAAACCGUCUUCGAAUCCGACACCGCGACCCUUCCCUAUCCGACCCGAGCAGCAAUUGUUACUCCGGGUACAUCGUUAAAACGUGGUGAUUGGGGUUUGAAACGCCCUAUUCCCUCCAAGUCGACAUCGCAGAAAUCGGCCAGACCCGUGAUCAGGGUGAACGCCCAUGACACCUUCGAACAUGUUACCGACUUCGAAUCCGCCCAAGACCACACGGUGACCUUGUCGAAGUUCCAGGAACUCAACUUGCCAAUGUCGCUUCCGUCCAAGGUCAACUACUCGAGCAGUUUCCUUCCGGGACAUCAGAGUCCAUUCGAAUCGGAUUUCGACAACACACAGACGAGCAAAGACCUUGCGAGACCGUAUGCCAAACAAUUCAGGCAAUCCGGACCUUGGCUUGCCGGGCAGACCGAAGCGGAGUUCCAGAACUAUUUGAAGAAGGUUCGACGCGACAAGCCAGAGAUUCUACAGAGACUCCGCGAUAUGUAUGUGGCAAAGCGCACCGUGGAACAAAGAAAAGCGAUCCAAGACAAGGGAGAGGACCUCGAGAACUUACAACCCAUCGAGUUUGACGAGAAGGAGUUCCACGCCUACAUCAAAUCCCUACGCGCGGACCCGACUGCUCUAGGCCCUGUGAUUUUCGAUCUUCUUGACCUCCCGUCUCCGCCGCCUGUGCCUAACAUGAGAAUCGCCGGCAAGCAUUUCCACGCUCCGGGAACCAAGUUGUCUGCGACGGAAUAUGCCGUAUCUGGACCACCAAAAACGCAUCCCUCGGCAGGUCUGUCCUACACGCGGUCCCAUGCAUUGCUCUACAACCAUCCGGAAUACGGCCCACAGGCCUAUCAACGACCGGUGCAGGCGCGUAUUUUGCGGCCAAAGAGCAAGCUCAAGGGCAAGAACAACAGGGCCAUUGCGGGUAUUGGUGGUAUUGCAUCCGAGGACGUGAACUCCAUAACUUUCUAUGACCAUCGGACGCCCCCUGGAUUGGCCUACUUCGAUGCGUCUAUCGAAGGCGGCGGCAAGUACUGGGCUACACCCAUCCGGGCGUCAAUUACCUCGGAUGGCAGAAUUGACCUGGCAUCUUUUAAGGCAAGCAUCUCGGCCAAGGCCCCCUAUGGCAUUGAGGAUGCGCCAGAGGCCGAUGCCGCGAAUCGCGCUGCGGAAGUGACUCGGGGUACCUCGCGACAAGUUCCGAAACUGGACGCCAGGGCGCCUCGCUUUAGGCAAUUUGAUGAACGAAAGCACGUACAGAUGGAGAGUCGUGAGGAUACUGCAAGGUCACUCUUGGAAACACUCAAGUACUAA